AAGUAUUCUCUGUUACAAAAGUUUAUCAGGUAUUAUCUUAUCAGCGUGUGAUUUUGUAAAUACAGACAAUUAAAUACGGACCAUAGAAAAAGUUAAUUGUCACUUUUGAUUGAGCGCGGGUGUAUGAUCAGUGAUACCUAAUAUUUUUCUGCAAAGAUGGCUUCCAGAUUUUUUUCUGCUCUGACCCGUAAGAAAUCCAACGAUGACGAAGAGAGCGAGAGUCCCUUAGCUCGAGUUCUGACACUACUAGAUCUGACAACUUUGGGAGUAGGAGCCACAUUGGGUUUAGGAGUGUACGUUUUAGCCGGCUCUGUAGCAAAGGAGGUAGCUGGACCUGCUGUGUGUGUGUCGUUUGCAGUGGCAGCUGUAGCCUCAGCCGUUGCAGGUCUGUGUUAUGCUGAAUUUGCAGCCAGAGUUCCUAAGGCAGGUUCUGCCUAUAUAUACAGUUACGUCAGUGUAGGAGAAUUUGUGGCCUUUGUUAUUGGAUGGAAUCUUAUUUUAGAAUACAUUAUUGGUACUGCCAGUGUUGCUAGUGGUAUGAGCAACUAUAUCGAUGCUCUGAUAGGUGGCCAAAUCAAGGAGACACUACGAGAAUGGAUGCCCAUGGAUAUUUCUUUCAUGUCCCCAUAUCCAGACUUUCUUUCCUUCAUUUUUGUGAUGAUAUUGACAUUUCUUCUUGCCUUUGGAGUAAAGGAAUCCUCAAAACUCAACAAUGUUUUCACCGCAGUAAACAUGGUUACCAUUUUUAUUGCAAUCGUUGCAGGAUCUAUAAAGGCUGAUGUUGGAAACUGGAAAAUUGAUCCAGCAAAAUUAAACGAGACAGAAAGGGCGCAUGCAGGAGAGGGUGGAUUCAUGCCAUUUGGCGUAGCUGGAAUUAUGGCAGGAGCGGCAAAAUGUUUCUAUGGUUUCGUAGGUUUUGACGCUGUCGCUACCACCGGGGAAGAAGCCAAAAAUCCUCAAAAGGACAUUCCUCUUGCCAUCGUCAUAUCGUUGUUCAUUAUUUUUGCCGCCUACUUUUCUAUUUCUACCGUUUUGACGAUGGCUUUGCCUUAUUAUCAACAGGAUAAAGACGCUCCAUUUCCUUAUCUCUUCCAUUACUACGGAUGGGAAUCGAUAAAAUGGAUAGUUACGAUCGGUGCCGUCUUUGCCCUCUGUACCAGUCUCUUGGGAGCGAUGUUUCCCUUACCUAGGGUUAUUUAUGCCAUGGCUAAUGACGGUAUUGUCUAUAAAUCACUAUCUAAAGUUAGCGAGAAGACGAAAACACCUAUUUUUGCCACGUUGCUUUCGGGAUUGUUAUCAGGUAUUAUGUCAAUAUUGUUUGACUUAGAUCAAUUGAUUGAUAUGAUGUCCAUUGGAACACUAAUGGCAUAUACCAUUGUAGCAGUAUCUGUACUAAUAUUGAGGUAUGAACCCAAGACAUCGGAAUACCCAGGACUAUCAAUUAAAAUUGAAAAACAGACAUCCGUAGAAAAUCACAUGUUGAACAGUGUCAAAAAUUUAUUUAAUCUUCAUAAUAUUAAAGAACCCUCCAAGGAAUCAUCUGUUAUUGUUAACUGGUGUAUUGUUUUAUUCAGUAUAUUCUGUGCUCUUUUCUGUGCAACUGUAGCCAAUGGAAGACAGCUCGUAUUUACUCAACCAUUUUACAUACUGGCAUUUAUCGUUACAAUAAUUGGCAUGGCAGUAUUGAUGGUAAUUAUGGUACGACAACCAGUUGUUGAAGAAAAACUAUCAUUUAAGGUACCAUUGGUUCCCUAUAUACCGUGUAUUAGUGUGGUUUUCAAUUUAUAUUUGAUGUUUGAGCUAGAUCUACACACAUGGAUUAGAUUCCUAGUAUGGCUUGCUGUUGGCUUUAUUAUCUACUUCUCCUACGGAAUCCGACACAGCGCAGAAGGAGCCAAAGACAAAAAACUGCGAGAAAUCGCAGAGCCUCCAGGCCCUCCAGCAAAAGAAGUCACUUCGUUCUGAGAACGUCCACCGCCAGAAAUUAGAAGAAGACUCAACGAAAUAGAAGUUGUUGUUUGAUUCGUGCUACUCUAGAAGCUGUGAUAAAGAGUGCCUAGCAUUUUAGUAUUCCAAGUGUUAGUAUUUUUUGACUUUUAGGUUGUAAGAAGUGAGUUACCCGUGGUAGAAGAAUAAAGGUUUCUAGGUUUGACAAAAAUUUUGAACGAUUGAAAUCUUUUUAUACGAAUUAGUCAAAAACUUAUAAAAAAAACGUUUUUGCAAGUGAAGGGUACAGGGAAAAAAGGAGGAAUGUCACUUUUGUUGAAUUUUUCAGCAGAGCAUUUUCAAAGUUAUAAGACUAAUAUUAUUGAUAUAUUCUGAUGGUACUUUUUUAUAUCAUAUGUUUGGAAAAUUUACUCUGUGGGAAUACACAAAAACAAUGUCUUUUCACUUAUUUAUGCGAGAUUCACAACUGACAUUCUCCUAAUUAACCGGUAACACCAUGACAUUCCCCCUUCUUCUCCUUCUUCUUCUUCUUUUUGUAUAGAUAUGACUCUGUCUGUUUUUUCAAUGUGCCUCUAGUAAAUUGUCGUUCCAUCGUUUUCGUGGUCUUCCCACUGAUUGUCUUCCUAUUGGGGAACCGUCUCUCGCUGUCCUGACUAUCAUAUUUGUUGUCAUUCAGCUUAUGCGGUCAUUGCAUUCUAUUCUUCUGUUUCUUACCCAGUUAUUAAUGUUAUACACCUUGCAUCUCCGUCGUAUAUCUGUACUUCUAGCUCUGUCCCAUAGAGUCUUACCAUCGAUUUUUCGAAGGGUUUUCAUCUCCGCUGUUUCGAGCAAUCUUUUUGUCCUCUCUGUGUCGGGUCAUGUUUCUGCCGCGUAUGUCAUUAUUGGUCUGAUGACUGUUUUGUAAAUUCUGCCUUUCAUUUCUUUUCCGAUAUUUUUAUUUUUCCAUAUUGUGUCAUUCAGGCAACCUGUGGCUCUGUUUGCUCUAUUCACUUAAUCUUCCACUUCUGUUUCGAGCCAUUCUUCUUCUGUAUAGGUAAUUUAUUAUUAGUGUUAUCUCAUAACACAAUCCAUUUUUAACCAGUGUUAUUUACGUAUAUUACAGUACAGAAUAUAUUAUAACCUAUCUAAUGAAUUAUUAAAACAAAAAAUGAAAAUUUCUGACAUGCCACCUUUUUUCCCUGUACCCUUUAAGUGACAUAUGACACGUGAAAUAUUCUUUUGAGUGUCACUUGUCAUAUGUCAGUUUGACACAUUUGUUUGAUUUAUGAUUUAUGGUAAAUUUUUUGUCAAAUACUAGUAAGUGAUUAUUAAGUCAACUCUCGCAUUUUACUUAUAUUAUUAUUGUUGAUAUUACGGAUUGCUGAUAUUUUACAAUAAAACCCGGCAUCUAGCACUGCGAUAAAUACAAAAGGUAGAGCUGAAUAAUCUCAGUGUGACUCAAAAUAAGACAAUAAGGAAAAAUAGCGCUAUCCUCUGUUAGCAUUGUACACCUUAGCAAUAUACCUAUUUUAUUUAUUAAAUAAUUAUUGUGUAUAUAAAAGUUUUUUAAGUAAUGACAAUACAAAAUAAAAGAUAUUUAAAUAUAAA